AUGUCAGACAAGAACCAGCUCGCCCUCGGAAAAGUCUUCGAGGAUGAAUCCGCAAUCAAGUUCUGGCUCACCUUUGUUGCGCUGCUUCUUGACGCAGCCGAAACCUCCCGACAAGAAAUUCUUGGAGCGAUGUCCACGGAAACAUUGCCUGACGGCUCCGUUCUCAGGUCUUUGGCCGCCAGCCAGGGUGCCUUUCACGCCGAAAUGAGGGAAAAGUUCGGCCUAGUAGAAGGAGAAGAAUUCUUUAUGAUUCGUCUACCGGCCCUGGUUUUGGGCAACCCCACGGAGCGUGACAAGUUCGCUGCGGAACUCUCAUCACCAUCAUCAGCCGUUUGGGAAUUCUAUCGCCAGUUCGCCGACGUCAUGAGCGUUGCCCUCGAGUAUGACGACAAAGCCAUCAUUGACAAGGCGUUAGAGCUUAGUGGCUGGGAUGCCAUAAGCGGCGGGGACGAGACCUUAACCACCGUGGGCCUCCACAGCUGGUCCACGCUGCAUGCUGCAGCGGAACACGGUAGUCUGGAGGUUAUCGAAAAAAUCCUUGAGUCCAUACACGAAGACGAGAUCAGUAAUCUUGCUCUGAGCCCUCGAAGCCCCGUGUUCAUCGCUGCCUCGCACGGGUUCCACCUAGUCGUUAAGCAGCUCUUAUCCGUUGGCAUUCCUGUGGACGGCGUCGAUGAAUAUUCUGGCAGGACCGCACUACAUAUUGCCAGUUCGCUUGGAUGCCAGAGGACAGUGGAUAUACUAUUGCGAGAAGGGGCAGACGUCACUUCCGUUCACAAAUAUGGCGACUUCCCGCUGCAUCUUGCCAUACGACAUGGACACACCCACAUUGCCGAACAACUCUUGGGCAGGUUCCCGGCUGUGCCGCAACGAACUCCAUCUUUGAGUCAUGAGGGCUCUGUUGCAAGUCCGGCGGAUGAUGAUGAUGUUGACAAUUUUGACACCAUUUACAACAUGGACAGCAUGGACAACAUGAGCAUGGACGACAACAUGGGCAUGGGUGACGACAAGAUACCCAACAUGGACAUAGUGUACCAAGUGGUCCAUAAUUACGGUAACACAAAGGGCGUGUCAAUCCUAAUGGAGGCCGCUACCGGCAAUCUGCCUGAACUCUGCUCCAUGGCGCUUAGUCGGGGCGUGUACCCCAAUUUCACCGACGCCAACGGCAGGAUCGCCCUUCAUCGUGCUGCCAAGGUCGGAUCCGUUGCCAUGGUCAAAGACCUGUUGUCAAAGAACUCCAUAAGAAGUCCGGGGACACGGAUUGACAAGUGUAUCCCCAUCCACUACGCGUGUUAUCGCGGGUUUACAGAGGUGGUGGGCCUGCUCGCCGGCGUUUCGGAUCUCUCUGCAAAGGACAUAAGGGGCCACACGCCACUCGCUGCGGCUGCUGCCGCGGGCCAUUUGGACGUCGUGCGACUGCUGUAUGGACACUACAACGACGAUUUUGACACGGUUCGAGCACUGAUUGCUGCGGCUAAGCAAGGCCAGCUCCAUGUCAUGGAGUACCUGCUCGAUUCUGGUUGUCCGGUAGACGGAGCAGGCAAGGACGGAUCUCGCGGACUUCCCGGAAACCGCCUCAUUCCCCUUCUCAACCUAGACCCGAGCAAGAACUCGCGGGCGAUGCAGCUCCUGCUUGCGCGAGGUGCUGACCCGGAUCUGGUAGAAGAAACGUGUAAGACGGCACUUCGCACGGCAGCGUCGACUGGAGCCUACGAGGCCGUCAAAUUACUCCUCGAUCGUGGAGCGAAGCCUGAUGUCGAAACGUGCGAAACGCCUCUCUGUGAAGCCAUCGACCUGGGUCGCCCGAAUAUCGUGCGUCUUCUAUUACGUCGGAACGCCAGGAUGAGACGCCCGAUUUGGCGUGAUCCAUAUCGGACCUUGCUCGACUUUGCCAUGGGCGAGUCGACUCGUGAUGUAGUCGCCGUCCUCCUCGACUUCUAUGCAAAGGGCAAGCAUGAAGACAGAUUAACUCCUAGUAAGGCCUUGAAGGACGCCAUGAAAAUAUCUCGCAUGGACUUCGUCGAGCUCAUCUUCAACCACUGGCUUUUCGUACCAGAGGCGACAACGGAAGCUUCCAAGGCCGAGGCCAUUCAAGCAUUGGUUACGUAUGAAAACGUGGGACCCCUGCGGCUUCUUGUUCAACAUCCAGCCAUGAAGAAGGCCAUCAACACAGAUGCCUUGGGCGAGUCCAAACUCGGUACUCCGCUGCACGCAGCCAUGCUUGCGGGCCAACAGCAUGCCGUAGAUAUCCUCAUGGAAGCCGGCGCAGACCCAAACAUUCACCUCGAUUGGAAGUACUACCAUUGCCAAAGCGGCCCCAUCGAUUUCGAUCUCUGUUUCAAGUGCUAUCAACAUGAGCACGACAUUUACUUCAGCAACUACGAGUACGAGGAGCGUCAAGCUCGUGACUUUCGGGUUUAUUAA